AAAAUGAAGAUCCUGCUUUUAUCCAGUGUUACUAUUUUAACCGUGACGACUUUAACUUUCUGUGCAGUGACAAAAACAAAUAAUGAUAGCAUCUGUAAAAGAGCAGAUUCGUGCAUAUUUGACUCAGGAGUAUGGGUAAGAUCGCGUGUAAUGUCUGGUCUCGUUCUAACAGGAAUCGCACUAUUAUUGGCACUCGUCAUUAUACUCACCAAACCAUUACACACCACGUCUCCAGUGAGUAACAUUAUCAUGAUUAUAACC